GACACAAAUUCACAGAUAUCAAGGUAUAUAAGUACCACUUGGUCGACUUGAUAUCUACUCUUCAUAUCUUCGCUUCAAUCGGUCCAUAAAAAGAAUUCAUACAUUCCAUAUCACCUAAACCUAUCCUCAAGAUGCCUUUCACUGAGCUUAUUAAACCUUCAUUGGUUCAAUCAGAUAAAUCACGUGAUAUUUUCUACAACAAUAUUGUUCCAUCAAUCAAAUCUAUCAUAAGUGCGGCUCCUGGAUUCGUACUUGGUACGGCAGGGCACAGCUUGAUCGAAAACAAUGUCGCGGUACCAGAAUAUUCAUUCAAUCCAGUUCUGGGCAUUGAAUGGGAGGACUCGAAAUUAUUUCAUGACUUCAUCCAGAGUGAAGAGUUUGCAGUCUUUAUUGCAAAUGUAAAGCCACAUUUUACUGCUCCACCAAGCCCAGAAUUAUACGAGACCGAUGUCUCACCAAAAGACAUUUUCGCAUCCCAAAUAAUUGAAGUCUUUAGAAUCAACAUUGGUGACGACUCUGGGAAAGAAAUUACAGCCAGAACAGCAUGGGAAGCAUUGGCAAAGUCAUUGACUGGGACAGAUGUGCUGAGUGGUGUUAGUGUAAACUUGCCAGAGAGAUUGUUUUUAGGAAUGAUUGGUUGGAGUGGAAUUGAGCAACGAAAAAUGGCUUUAGAUAAACUAGAGCACCUGAAGCAGGCCGUUGAGAGUUUGAAGGAUUCUCAGUCGUUUAUUGCUCAGCUCAAUACCCUUGUCUAGAUUUCAUUCUUGGAACAGAAAUUGAUUGCUGAGGACCGAUACAAAUCUCAGGCUAUUGUUUGUUUUUCAAUAUGUAAGAUUGUUCCUUGAACA